CCUUAUAAGUUAAUUCCUCUCUACAUCAAAACAUAUACAAACAUUUACUUGCCUCUACCCCCACCAAAGGCAUCAAGAAAAUAUGGCUCAAGUUCAAGAAAGUCCCAUCUCUCAAGGCAUCAAAUUGUUUGGUGCAACAAUACAAAUUCAAGAAAAACAAGCCAAAACUACUCAUCAACCAACAAACAAAGUUGUUGAUGAUGAUGAUGAUCAUGAUAAUGAUAAUGAUCAAGAAAAAAGGCCAGACAAGAUCAUCCCUUGUCCUAGAUGCAAAAGCAUGGAAACCAAAUUUUGUUACUUCAACAACUACAAUGUUAACCAACCUAGACACUUCUGCAAAGGUUGUCAGAGAUACUGGACGGCCGGCGGAGCCCUACGGAACGUGCCCGUAGGAGCCGGCCGUCGCAAAGCCAAGCCACCAUGCGGGCCGGGCCCACAUGGCGACUUGGCCGGAUUAUCAGACGGUUGUAAUUUCUUUGAUGUGGCUAAUCAACUUGACUUUGAUGGAGUGGUGGCUCAUGAAGAUCAAUGGCAUCUUUUUCCGGCAGCUAAGAGGAGGAGGAGCACCUCCGAUAGCCAAUCUUAUUGAUUCCCUCUUUGUCGUCUAGUGAUUAUAUAAAUUAUAUUCUAUGUACGUGGAAUUAGUAAAU